AUGCCACCCAAUCAGCUCUUUCAAUACUCCGUUGUCUCGGCUCUCAUGGAUGGAGUUGCCGAGACCGGUAUCACCAUCUCAGACUUUCUCAAGCACGGCGAUCAUGGUCUUGGCACCUUUCGACACAUGGUGGGGGAGAUGAUCAUCCUUGACGGUACCAUUUACGAGAUGAAGGUUGAUGGCUCUGUCACUGCUCUUGACGACACUGCUUGUGCUGAACAAACUGCUCCUUUUGCCAUGAUCACACAGUUUCAACCUACAACAACGUCUAAGAAGCAAAUAUCGAGCAAAGAAUCCUUGACGGAAAUCUUGUCGCAGCUUCUUCCGGGAACAAAGAACCACUACGUCGCUUUCAGAGUGGAAGGCACAUUCAAAGCAGUCACUGUCCGAACAGUCGGUGGUCAAGAAACACCAGGCGAAAGUCUCGCGGAACUUGGAAAGCGUCAAGCCUCUCACUCCUUCAACGACAUCAAGGGAACUAUCAUUGGGUUCCGGUCACCAGCCUUUAUGCAGGGUAUCAGCGUCGCUGGCGACCACCUCCACUUCCUCGCAGCGAACAGAAAGUCGGGCGGUCAUGUUCUGUCCAUUGAAGGGGAUGGUGAUCUGGAGAUCAGCGCAGCUCCCAUUACUGCGGUCAACCUGCAAUUGCCUAAUGGGGAUGAAGCGUAUAAUCAAGCCAAGCUGGCGAGAGACGACGAUGGUAUAGCUGCGGUGGAGGGUUAG